AUGCGCAGAUCGAAAAAGAACUGUUGGCAACUGCCAACUGUUUUUGCGUUCGAGAAGUUCGACCAGUACACAUAUGCCAGAGUUGUAGAAGUUGAAACUGAUCAUAAACCGCUGAUCUCAAUUGUGAAGAAGUCGUUAACGUCAGCGCCACCUCGUCUGCAGAGAAUGCUAUUAUGGUUGCAACGGUACGACUUUACAUUGAAAUACAGACCUGGGAAAGAAAUGAUCAUCGCGGAUAUACUUUCUCGAGCUUACCUUACCGAUGAUGAUGUGGACAGUAGCAAGAUGAACGAAGAGUUAGAAUGUUACGUGUACACGGUAACCAGCAGAAUGCCAGUAUCUGAAGAACGGCUGGAACAGAUCAAGAAAGAAACAGCGACUGACCAGACCAUGAAGACCCUGUUCUCAACGAUCCGAAGAGCAUGGCCAAAGACAAGAAAACAAACACCUUGCGAAAUCUAUGACUACUGGAAUUAUCGUGACGAGCUUUCAGAAGUAGAUGGAAUCUUGUUGAAACAAGACAAGAUUAUCAUACCCCUCAGUAUGAGAGGAAAGGUACUAGAAAGAAUACAGGAGAGUCACAUGGGCGCAGAGAAAUCCAAACGACGAGCAAGGGACAUUAUGUUUUGGCCAAGAAUGAAUGAGCAAAUUGAAGCCGUUGUAUCCAAAUGCAAAACCAGCCAAGAAUACCAGAUGUCGAAUCCCAAAUAA